AUGACAGGGUUGAGCAUCAGUCAGCAUCGAGCAGCAAUCAGUAGUUCAACUGCAGAGACCCUUGAAGUCGCCAUGAAGUUCUUGGUUAUCGUCCUCGCCAUCUGGGUAGCCGCCGCCUCCGCCGCUCCAGAGAGGGAGCGUCGUUCCCUACUGGGAGUGCCUGGAGCAGUAGUUCUGGGAGGGCUUUCGCCUCUAGGUCUGGGACACGCAGGGCUUUUGGGACUCGGCGCUCCUGGAGUGUCUGUCCUUGGACCUGCAGCGGGAUCAGUUGCCGUCGUUGGACCCGUGGGACCUUCCGCUGCUGUUGUCGGACCUGUCGGCCCUUCCGCUGAGGUUGUUGGACCUGUCGGACCUUCUGCCGCUGUUGUUGGACCAGCUGCAGGGGCAACUGUCAUCGCUGGACCCGCUGGAGCCAUUCAAACUGGACACCCCGGUCUCAUCCUCCCCGGCCUCAUCCACGGUUAAAUCUCAAUCAUCAACUCAUGGCUCUCAUCUACAGCUCCAUCAUUCGGACCAUGAGAAAUGUCGCAAUUACACUCGGGCGGGCGAUUGAUAUCCGAGCGGAUAUUACACCGACUGCCUCGAGUCUGUGGACACACUGCCUGGCAAAUACCCUAGAAAUCAUGAAACUUAUCGCGGAUAUUUAAGUAUCACCUCAGUUACCUCCCUCGUUUGCUAAGUUACAAUCGCUCUCGGAAGUGUUUCCAUGUAUUUGAACGAUCGAUCACCAUUCCCCGUCGAAUGGACUGUUCUCCAUCGGCGGAUAAGUUCUGUAAUCUACCUCAAACUUUCUCAUUCUCUCGGAAUUUUUUCCGUUUUUAUUCCCAGUUCUUUCAACAUAAUUGCAAAUGAACUCGGAAAAGUUUCACUCCUUCUUCGGGGUCAUAAUGUAAUGCACUUUUUUUGCUUUUUGGGAAUUCACGGCGAUGGGUAUCGACGAGGGUGGAAAAGUUCUCGAGAGUUUCAUUGGCUCAUGUAACAGUUUAUGAGGUGAAAUAAAGGAGUAUCAGUGUACACUUUUACAAUAA